UGGUCAUGUCGAUAUCCGGAAACUGCCUGCGCAUACCGACUGUAAAAAAAUGGCCGAUCGUGAUAGUUUAGUUGAUGAAUUCGUAAAUGUAACUGGUGUUGACAAAAGUAGAGCACGGUUUUAUUUAGAAUCAUCUGCAUGGAAUUUAGAGUUGGCUAUGAGCAGUUUUUUUGAAGGUACUGAUAAUGAAAAUGUGAAUGAAAGAGAUUUUCCUGCAGUUGCAGAUGUUUCAUUGCCUACAGAUACAAGAAACAAUCAACCAAGUGCAUCUGUGACAACAGACAGUAACCAAAGAAUAAAAACAAUUAGCUCAAUGCACGUUGAAUCAGACUCCUCUGAAGAAGAAGGCCAAGCCUACUAUGCUGGUGGAUCGGAUACAAGUGGACAGCAAGUUUUGGGCCCUCCAAAAAAAAAAGAUUCAAAUAGGCUUGUGGAAUCUCUCUUCAAAUCAGCCAGAGAACAUGGUGCUGAAGAAAAAAAAGAAGAUAGCCAAAUGCGACAAGGAGGAAGGGCCACAUUUAUUGGCGCAGGUUAUCGACUUGGUGAGACACAAGAUGAUACAACUGUUGUAGCAGGGGCUUCACAUCCAUCCAGAUCACGAGCACAGGUUGGUAAAAAAUUAAAAUUUUGGAAAGAUGGAUUCAGCAUUGAUGAUGGUCCACUCCGAGAUUAUAAUGAUCCAGAAAAUAAAGAUUUCCUUGACAGUAUAUCUCGAGGAGAAGUUCCACAUGAUCUGAUAAGAGAAGCAAAAGGUGGAGAGGUCAAUCUGGAUAUGGAAGAUCAUAGAGCAGAAGAAUAUGUCAAACCAAAACAUUCAGUGAAAGCAUUUUCUGGUGCUGGUCAUAUGCUUGGCAGUGAUGAACCAAACUCUUUCAGCCCCACCCCAACAGUGAUUCGAUCAACACCUCAAGCUGGGGAUAGAUUACCUCCUACUGUUGAGAUUGAUGCUGAUAAGCCAGUUACAAACAUACAGUUAAGAUUGGCUGAUGGUCAAAGAAUGGUUGUCAAGUUGAAUCAUUCUAACACAAUCAGUGAUAUCAGGCAUCAUAUUAUACAAUUAUACCCACAAUAUGCUGAAAGAAGUUUUAGUUUGAUGACAACAUUUCCCAAUAAGGAACUUGUAGAUGAGAGUCAAACUUUGGAACAAGCCAAUUUACUCAACGCCGUUGUUGUUCAAAAAUUAAAGUAGACAGCUGGAUUAUUAAAUUGAAACAUUUUGUGUUGUAAUGUUGGAUUUGUAAAUUAUUUAUUUUUCAACAAUUUAUUUUUCUAGAAUGCUCUGUUUGUUAAUCCAUAAAGCAAAUCAAUAAAAUACCUUAACUGAAAAACUUA